AUGCUUUUAAGAUUUCGUGGUCCUGAUGGAACAGUCCGCAUUGCUGUUGAAGCAAAUGAAACUUUUGGUCAACUUGGCGAUAAGCUUUUAAAGCUCCUUCCAGAGAACCUUGACCCAAGGACUCUAACACUUUCAAAUGCGCCCAGUGGCGGGGAGGUCAAACUACUCAUGGAGAUUGCAAGAGCCAAAGUAUCGCAGAUUGGUCUUAAGAAUGGUGAUAUGGUCUUCAUUAAUUAUAAACUAUUGGAUAAUCUUCCGAAUGGUAAUUCUACGACUUCCACCUCGACUACCCAUUCAUCCCAUCUUACCUCCUCAACAAAUCGUCUAAAUGGAAGCGCCGUUCUGCCAGAAUCAAUACCUGUCAAUGUUCCAGCUCAAGCAGUGACGUCGCCGUCCGAAAAGAUCAAGAACCCUUGGGAAGUAGUUCAACAAUCGGAUCUCGAUAAUAGGCUAGACAAGAAAGAUGGAAAAAUUCCCAGAAAGAGGGAUACGAAGAUGUGUCGGCAUGGUGAGAAGGGAAUGUGCGAUUAUUGUAUGCCAUUGGAGCCCUUCAAUGCGCAAUACUUGGCCGAGAAAAAAAUCAAGAACCUGUCAUUCCACUCAUAUCUGCGAAAGAUCAACUCGGCUACCAACAAACCAGAGUUAGGAAGCUCUUUUAUGCCUCCAUUGACCGAGCCAUAUUAUCGUGUGAAGAAGAACUGUCCAUCAGGACACCCUCAGUGGCCCGAGGGUAUCUGCACGAAAUGCCAACCUAGCGCAAUAACUCUACAACCGCAGGAAUUCCGAAUGGUAGAUCAUGUAGAAUUCGCGCAAGCAAGCCUUGUUGAGAAUUUACUUGUCUUUUGGAGGUCUACAGGCGCACAACGUUUUGGAUAUCUGUACGGUCGCUACGAGGAGUACACAGAGGUGCCGUUAGGAGUGAAGGCUGUUGUGGAAGCCAUCUACGAACCGCCACAAGUGGACGAACUUGAUGGAAUCACCUUGAACAAAUGGGAGUCCGAGAAAGAUGUCGACGAGAUGGCAAGAUUGUGCGGCAUGGAAAGAGUUGGCGUCAUCUGGACUGAUCUACUCGACUCAGGCGCAGGAGACGGGACUGUCAUAUGCAAACGACAUAUUGAUUCAUACUAUCUAUCGUCGCUGGAAAUUGCAUUUGCUGCGCGUUUACAAGCAAAGCAUCCCAAGCCCACGAAGUGGAGUGAUACCGGAAAAUUUGGUUCGAAUUUCGUUACAUGUGUAGUAACAGCCGAUGAGACUGGAGGAAUUGCCAUAUCUGCAUAUCAGGUCUCAAACACAGCCGUAGAAAUGGUUCGAGCAGAUAUUGUCGAACCCUCGGCUGAUCCUGCUGUGAUGAUCGUUCGUAGUGAAGGAGACGACGAUUCUGAUACGAGCGCACGAUACAUCCCCGAAGUCUUCUACCGAAAGAUUAACGAGUAUGGUAGAAGUGUUCAAGAAAAUGCUAAACCAUCUUUUCCAGUUGAAUAUUUACUCGUCACAUUAACUCACGGGUUUCCUAGCGAUCCCAAACCAGCAUUCAUGGCUAAGAACUCUUUCACUAUCGAGAAUCGUUUAGUCAUUGGCCAGGAACAAGAUAUCAAGGACGUUGGCAAGCAAUUGGGACUUGAUAAAAACGGUCAGCUGACCCAAUCUAGCGAUGGUGUCCUCGCAGUAUCAGACUUCCAUCUCCUCUGCUACAUUUAUAGUAUGGGAAUACUAAGCAAAGAAGAGAUGGCACUUCUCUGUCGCGUGGCUACACAGCACGAUUUAGCAGAUGGAUAUCAAUUGAUAGCAACACCUGGAUGGGCAAAUUUCCUUGCAAUUUUACAAUCGACUGGCUAG